GCCUGAUGCCGUCAGCUAACCCUGACCGGUGAGUUGCGCAUGCCGCAUGCCGACCGACUGACAUGCCGUCGGCCGCCAAGCCUUCUACCGCGGCAGACUUCAUGAUAGAUGGAAUUGUUUGAUUGCAAAUCACGGCAUAGGUACGGUGUCUCUGCUCGUACACCGCCGUCCGAUCCUUCUUUCACGGACGCAUCUCCGGCAGUUGGCAAUAAUCGCGAUCAGAAUCCAAUAUUCAAUAACUAACCCCUCUCUUUUGUUCGCUUACCCAUGCCUCCCCCUGCUGCCAUAACCUGUUCUGCCUAUGAUGCCAACCGACAGGCCUCCCUGCAUUCGUGCGCUGGGGGAGAGGGAAAGAUCUCGAGAGCGUGGGGGAGAGAGAAAAGAGAAGAAACACCACACACCAUGACGCCGUGCGACCAUGUCCAUCCGCUACCAAACAAAGACGUCGCCCUACGGCCGGCAGCCUCCGAUCAGGGUUGGUCUCGGCAGCCUCCCGAUCGACGUUCUUGGCGGGCGAUUCGCUGCAAAGGCUGCGAGCAUCGGUGCAUCGGCGCAUCGGUCACCGUUGUUCGCUGUUCGUCGCAAUGGAACCUCAUCAACAUACCCCUGUCCGCUUUUUUCUUUUUUUCUUUUUUAUGUUGCUCUUGGCUCUUGGUCUGUUUACCGCUUUUCCAUCCCGCACAGCCCGCCCCAUCACCGCCUUUCCACGCAUCAGGCUGCAUCUCCGAUGUGCUUUGAGCCAUGUGCCGAUUCUGCGCCGUAACUGAUUCCUGGAGGAGGGAGAGAUACAUAGAUAGAGAGCACCGGGAAGAGAGAACGUCCGGGCCCCGCGUCACGCGCGCGCGCGACGCGAUAUGACGGGGGCAGCAGAUCGGCAGGCCCGCGAACGCUUCAAGUCACACUGACAGCUGCAGCUAUU